AUGUCCUGGCUGAUGCAGAUAGCCUGGACCGCUAUGUUUGCCUUCAUGCUAAUCAUAGCCAUUGGUGGCAACGUUAUUGUUAUCUGGAUUGUUUUAGCUCAUCGUCGAAUGCGCACAGUCACUAACUACUUCCUUUUAAAUCUAUCCAUUGCAGACUUAAUGAUGUCUGUAUUCAACUGUAUCUUCAAUUUUGUGUAUAUGUUGAACAACGAUUGGCAGUUCGGGAGGCCUUAUUGUACCUUCAGUAACUACAUUGCCAACGUGACGGUAGCGGCUAGUGUGUUCACACUCACAGGCAUCUCGUUGGACAGGUUUCUGGCAAUCAAUAGACCUCUGAAACCUAGGAUGUCAAAGACCAGUGCUCAAAUUACCAUAGCAGCUAUUUGGCUGACCAGUUUAAUACUGGGAUCUCCUUGCCUUAUGUAUUCUACCACAGUCACUCACAGACCCUCAGGCCAAACUGCUUGUAUUUUAAUAUGGCCGGACGGGCAGCCCUUGGUUUCAACAAUGGAUUACAUAUAUAACUUGGUGCUUUUUAUGGUGACUUAUGUGACCCCAAUGGCAGCUAUGCUGGGAUGUUACACAGCUAUGGGGAGAGAGCUAUGGGGAAGUCGAUCCAUUGGAGAGCUCACUCAAAGGCAAAUAGACUCCAUAAAGUCUAAACGGAAGGUAGUCCGUAUGUUCAUAGUUAUAGUCACGAUUUUCGGAGUGUGUUGGCUCCCUUACCACUCGUACUUCCUCUACACCCACUACCAUCGUGACGUUCCGUACUCCAAGUACGUCCAACAUCUCUAUCUCAUGUUCUAUUGGCUAGCCAUGUCCAAUGCUAUGGUCAACCCGCUCAUAUACUACUGGAUGAAUGCCAGGUAA